ACUUUUACUGUUGUUUAUUAUCCAAUGAAUACUGUUAUUUGAGAACUUUGGUCUGUCACAAAAGUGGUGAGAUUCCAUUGUCAUGUGAUUUGAAUCAUAGUGAUUCAUUAGGAAAGCUAAUUUGUAACAAACAUGACAAAUUAAAUAAAGAGCAGAAGAGGGGAAAAGAAGGCUGCAUUAGGGAAUUAAGGUAGGUGGAAAAUUUAAAUUUAAAACAAAAACACCAAUCUACUGGAGAGAAAAUUAGUGUUUUACCAAUACCUGGUUCAUUUACGAGGCAAAAUACUUUUGAAAGAAGACAGAACACAAAUAUUUUAGUCUGUACUCUGUGAAUCAGUAAACAGAAGUAGCUCACAUAGUAUUUCAGUAAAUUUUGGUUUAAUGCAUCUGUUUUAUUUCUCUUUACAUUUUCAUAUUGUUGAAGUUAGAAUAUACUGAUUACUAAAAAUGAAAGCUUAGAUAAUUGCUAGGUGUUAUGGUAAAUUUAUGACUCUGAAUCGCAUGCUUAGGAAAGAACUGUCCUUUUAUUGCUGAAGUCCCUUUUUUGGUCUGUGAGACCACAAAAACAAUGUUAAGAUGUACAUAUUAAAGUUUGGGUGCUUCAAAUGGUCACAAGCAUGUAUUUGUGUGUUAACAUGUAUGAAGUACUGAGUACUAAUCUGAAGAAGAAUUAGACCAGGCAUUGCAUGUUUAACAGCUUGCUUGUGUUUUAGUAUCGAUGGGUUCCUGUUGGAUGUGACUCACGUGUACAGUUUGGCUUUUUGUUCCCCCAGAUUUGAAGCACAGAAGCAUGCUUUCCCCUGAGCCUUACACUACCAUUUGUGAUACAGAAUGUCUCUAAGAGAGAACAACAGUGUGGUUUUUGCAUAUGAAUCUUCAGUACACAGUACCAAUGUACUCCUCAGUCUCGAUGAUCAAAGAAAGCAAGAUAUUCUUUGUGAUGUUACAAUUUUAGUGGAAGAUCAGCGAUUUCGGGCUCACAAAGCUGUGCUUGCAGCUUGCAGCAGUUACUUCCUUUCAAGAAUUGUGGGCCAGGUGGAUGCUGAUCUUAUCAUCACUUUACCAGAAGAGGUAACACUUAAAGGAUUUAAUCCUUUGCUUCAGUUUGCAUAUACAGCUAAACUUAUUUUAAAUAAAGACAAUGUGUCUGAAGUUUGCAAGUGUGCGGAGUUCUUGGGUGUACGCAACAUUGAAGAGUCUUGCUUUCAGUUUCUCAAAUUCAAAUUUUUGGACUUUAAGUUGGAUCAGCAGGAAUGUCCUAGGAAGAAGUGUUGCCCACAGCGUUGUCAGAAAGCAAACUCUAAAACCGGCAAUGUGGAUGAUGGAGACCUGGAAAUAAAGGAUGAAGCAGAAACACUUUUGGAAAAGGAAUAUAGUCAAAUUCCUGACACAAAGCUCUGUAAAGAUGAAGAAAAUGCUACAUCAUUGCCUGCUCUCCAAGAUAAUGCCAAUCAAAACUGUGAUCCUGUACAUUUAGAAAGGGGUAGGGUUUCCAGCUUAUCUUCCCAGUGCCCAAAGUAUAGGAAAUUCCAGAAGGCUUUUGGAAAUGACAAAGUUCAUACUUCAGAGUCCAAUUCCAGUAUUAAAGACAUUCAGGUGCCACCAUUUGCCACUUUUCCUGAUAAGGAAAUAUCUGAUAAUGAUGGCAUACAAAAAGCUCAAGAGUGUGUACCUGUACAGCUGGUCUCGAACUGUGAAGAGACUUGGGUAAAAAUGGAAGAAGGGGAAGAAUGCAUUCAGAAAAAGGAGGAGUCAAAGAGAGAUUCUGUGACUCAGAAUAUGUCUUGUCCUGUAGAGAAAAUGGAUCUUGCUGCUUUUCCCCAAAACUCUGCUGCAUCUCACGUACUCAAUUCUGUGUCUAUUUUACAUACUUGUGAGCAAUAUGGUAACUUGAAGUUCAGUAGUAUGCAAAACAACACAGUCUUAGCUGACAAAACCGUAUCAGGUACUGGAACUGGGAAUGACAAAAUUGAAAGUCAAGGUGACACAUCCUCAAAGGUCGAUUUGUACACGAGGGAAGCCACUAACAUCACAUCAGCUGGUGAUCGAAGCAGUGUGGAGAGAGAGGUAGCAGAGCAUCUGGCAAAAGGGUUCUGGAGUGAUGUUUACAGCACAGAAGCCUGUCAAAUACAUUUACCACCUACAGUUCCCAAAGAGUGCUUGGAGCCAGUAUAUUCGGGGAAAAAAACGGAAUGUCCGUGGCUGGGUAUCAGGAUCAGUGAAAGCCCUGAACCUUGCUCUCAAAGAACUUUUACAACACUGAAUUCUGUCAACUGCCCCUUUAUAAGCAACCUUAGCACUGAAGGAUGUUCCAAUAGCUCUGAAAUAAGCAGUGGAGAUUAUGUUCAGGGACAACAACAAGAACAGUGUCCCUAUAAUUACGUGAUAAGUUUGGGAGAGGAUUCAGAGACUGAUACCGAGGGAGACAGUGAAUCCUGUUCAGCAAGAGAACAAGAAUGUGAGGUAAAACUUCCAUUUAAUGCACAAAGGAUUAUCUCACUUUCCAGAAAUGACUUCCAGUCAUUUCUGAAAAUGCAUAAAUUAACUCCUGAACAAUUGGACUGUAUUCAUGAUAUCCGAAGACGAAGUAAAAAUAGAAUUGCAGCCCAGCGAUGUCGCAAGAGAAAGCUUGACUGCAUACAAAAUCUUGAAUCUGAAAUUGAAAAACUGCAAAAUGAGAAGGAGAACUUGCUGAAGGAAAGAAACCACAUUUUGUCAACUCUGGGUGAGACAAAGCAGAAUCUGACUGGACUUUGCCAGCAGGUGUGUAAGGAAGCAGCCUUGAGUCACGAGCAAAUACAAAUACUUGCAAAAUAUUCUUCCUCAGAUUGUCCACUCUUACUUUUGUUCCCGAAGAGAGAACAAACAGCUCCGUCUGAUAGUGAGCCUGCAGUACCAGCGUCUGUAGAAUCAGCAGAUGGUCUUUCAGGUGUUACAUCUACAAAUGAGCAGAGUUCUUGUUAUCAGUGUGUCAAAAGUGUGUGUGAUGCAACAUAUGAUCAAGUACAAGAACUGCAUCCAGUUUCUGUAAGAACAUUGGAGGAAACGUUACUUGUGGAACAGUGUGGACACAGCAGUGGUAUCACAGACUUCUGUCAGCAGAUGACAGACAAAUGCACUACAGAUGAGUGAAUCUCUUGUUCCUAUUGCCAGCCUCUCAACAUUGCAACUAAAAGUGAGAUCGAGCAUUAUUGGAAAGUAGCUUACUAAGUGAUAAAAAGAUGAAACUUUAUCUUCUGAAACUACAUUGACAGAUAAGUGGUCACUAUAUUACUUGGCAAGCUUUGGGUUUGCUCUGUGUAAUUCUGGAGAGUAAUUUAUAUGUGUCAGCCUUGAAGCUUUUUCUUGUGUGGUGAUGCCAAGGAAGGUUCAGGAAAGUUGUUGGAAUGUAUAAACUCCAUGUGCAGGUGUUUAUUUUUGAGAAAGCUUUCAUUCACAUACAGGACAGCCUUUGCUCUGACUUAUGCCACAGUAACUAAUGCCACUCCGCAUCUCAGUGAAAGCCUCCUAACAGGUGUUUAUGCACAAUAACUUCUAUACCUAGAAUUCUUCUAAGAUUUCUUUUUGCCUGGUAGACAAACCUUAAAAAGCACAUACAGCUUGUAAAUGCUUAUUUUGUAGAUGAGUUAGGAUAACAUGACAGUAUGAGGAGAUUCUGGCAAGUGCGCUCUGGAACAGCUCAUUGCUUCUUGCUGUUCCCAUCCCUGUCCCAGACUAGACUUUUACUGAAUAAAAAUAGUAAGCUAGUAGUAGUAGUAAAUUUGAAUAGUAGUAGGCUUUUAUUGAAUAUAUGCCUUUGUCUUAGCUCUCCAGUGUAGAGUUAAGAGAACUGGAACGGCAGAGGUGCUGCCACAUACUGCUCUCUUCUCUUAAAUUUAGUGGGAGGAAUAACAACUGUGAAAGGCAGAUGUUUGAAACUGAUGCAGUUCUUGGAUGAGUGUGCAUUGGAUCCUCUGGCAUCUGAAUCCCAUAGGCUUGUUAAAAUUCACUGCUGUAUUGUGACUUACUGUCCUAGCACCUUCAAGCUUUCUGCUUGCUUGUGGUAAUUUGGAAUCAAAGUAUUAUGGAAGUCUAAGGACAGAUUUUUUUUUUUUUUUUAAGGUAUUCAGGCACUACAAUUUUUUACUUAAGUGCCUAACUGCAUAAAGUUACAAAUAUAUUUGUUCUCUGAUCACUGGGACCAGUAAAUUUCUAUUUCAGAAUCUUAGUCUUUGGCGUACUUUAUGGCUAAACCUGUAGUACGUUUUCAAUGGCUUGUGCUAUUAGUGUAGGUAUAUAAAAAGUUUAUUAAGGAAAUGAGCUGGAGAUAUUUCCUUUAUUUACUUUGUGAAGGCGAAAUUCAGCUACUGAAAACAAUCCCCGUUUUUUAGAUUUUUACAUAGCAGUGGAUGCGUAUUGUAUACCAAUGAUGCUUUGUUAUUUUGAUGUUAUUCUAACAACAGAACUAAGUAUUGAACCUCACCACAGAAAACUUUGGUUUUGCUGGUUUACAAAACAUGAAGAAUCUUGAACAAGCCAGUGGAAUUCUUCAUUUCCUACCUCAGUAUGUAUAUUAGCUCUUUGUGUCUUUGUGUGCAUGUACAGUAGGCAGCAAAGGACCCUGUAAAUACCACUUUUCAGUUUUAUCUUGCAGUGAGACAAAACUUGUUCUUGGCAAGACUUUUUUUUUUUUUCCCCUCUCCCCACCACCCAUAGGUAACAUAGCAUUAAUAAAUACAUUAAACCGCUUAUUUAAAACAAAAAUUUAAAAUUUGACAGAUUUAAACAGGACUUCUCAUAACCAGCACAAAAUGCAAAUGACUACACACUACCUCACCUAUGGGAUUGAAAGUUGAUUCGAAAUCUCUAGUGAUAUCCUUGGAUUUUCAUCAUAUAUCGUUACUUUUAAGGGGAAAAUUAUGUUAAUGGAGCAUAGCUUGUAUAAAACACAGUGCUUGCAGUAAUUGAAAUUCAGAAAUAAGUACUACAUGGGAGACGUCAUGAGAGUUCUACUGAUAUGCUUUCAGAUAAUUGAAUUGAAAUUCUCUUAAAUUACUGUCAUUGAUUGUAUGUUGAUCAUGUAUAUGUAUUACUUACAAAGCUCUGUGGGCUUUUUUUUCCAGUGUCUGUAGAUUCCUGGUUAAUUUAAUCUUGCCUCCCUUGCAUGCCUACCCAUCCUGGGUAGCGUUUCGCUCUCAAGUCUCCAUUUUAUUUAAAAAGCAAACCAAAAAGAAACAAUAAAAAACAAAAUGGAAAGCCCCAAACCCCUCUACUUUUCAUAACUACUGUCACUGUUAAAGCUGGUGAUACUCUGAAAUGACGUGGACAAUGGCAUUGUCCUCAUAGUACACGUACUUCAAAAUGGAACUCCAUGGGCUAAACGCUUGUUCUAAACGGGUGGAGCGUAUAUGUAGGCAGUGGCUGGCUGGGAGCUUAUCCAGUGGCCCAAACCCCUGACACACUUGGCUGUAGAUGCUGGAAAACAAGGUCAGCGAUUACCAAGUUAAAGGCUGGAAUAUCCACUAGAGGCUUGUGCUCCACCUCUGCGCUCUGGUGAUCAGCCACAGUCUGAAUUCCACACAGCUAAUGGUGGAGGGAUUCCAGUGCAGAAAUCGUGACUGUCGUUGACCUGGGAUAAAAUUAACAUCGUGUUUUUAAACCUGUCAUGAACUUGAUUGUGAGGGUAGGGUUUCGCCUGACCAGCUGCAUCUAAAUAAUUUUUAAAAUAUUUAUUUAAUACUGUAGACCUACAAGUUGCAUGUUGACUUCUAUAGCCUAUGUCAUCAACUUGCAAAAGUUAAGAAUGAAUGACAAUUUUAUGAUACAGAAUUCUCAGGAAAAUGUUUUUUGGAGUUUGGUUUUAUUUUUUUCUUCCAGUAAAGAAAUAUUUGAUUUUGAAAUUGUAAAAUACUUUGCUAAAGCAUGUUUUAAAAUACUUUGAACAGACUAUCUUGAAACCAUAAAGGUAUGAUGGCAUACAGAUUGUAAAAUAAACAGAUAAUUACAACA